CGAUUGUAUUACAUUUGUGUGUUUCAACUGAGAGAUAGCUCUGUGAGAGAGGACAGUGGUAAAAGAUAAAGAAAUGGCUCGUACGAAGCAAACAGCCCGUAAAUCAACCGGAGGAAAAGCUCCAAGGAAACAGCUGGCAACAAAAGCAGCACGUAAAAGCGCCCCAUCAACUGGUGGAGUGAAAAAGCCUCAUCGUUAUAGGCCGGGAACUGUCGCCCUUCGAGAAAUCCGUCGUUAUCAAAAGUCGACCGAAUUGUUGAUCAGAAAGCUUCCAUUUCAGCGCCUUGUUCGUGAAAUUGCCCAGGACUUCAAAACUGAUCUUCGUUUCCAAAGUGCAGCUAUCGGUGCUCUUCAAGAAGCCGCAGAAGCGUACUUGGUUGGUUUAUUUGAAGACACAAACUUAUGUGCCAUCCACGCCAAGCGCGUGACCAUUAUGCCAAAGGAUAUUCAACUUGCUCGCAGAAUCAGGGGAGAACGUGCUUAAAAUAUCCUAUAUUUUGCUGUAUAUAUUUAAACUUUUACGGAUCAUAUCCAAAGCAAGGAACUGAACUUGAUACGAUGCAUGCAUUAGUCGUCAGUAACAACUUCUAUUCAUAUCACUCAAAAUGGUCUAUUUUUUGGUUAAUUUUUCUUCUGCAGGGAUUGCUGCUUUGAAGAAUUUUUCUUUUACCAACCGUUUAUACCAAUAUUGUAUACUAGCCAGUUUUAAGUUGUAUUUUAGAUGUCUGCGCCAUCUUUCGCUGUUUUAUGUCAGUUACUACUGGAAUCCGUAUUGGCGGGCGAGAAUAAGGAGUCUUUCACUGACUCGUUUAAUUUGCGAUGAAUGAGGACUUCAAAAGACCAUAUUGUUUCGGGUCUCUGGAUUUUGUAAGAUAAGAACUGAAAGUCGCCCGUUCCAAUUGAAACGUCUGCUCUAUAUAGUAACGAUCUCCUGUGUAACAUAUCCAUUUUUAAACUUAUUUAAGCGGCAAUAAACUGUCUUCAGUAAGUUUCCUCUA